AAAUCGUUGUUCGUUCGUCGCAUGUCGGAAAAGCAGAGGCAAUGUUGUGCUGUGCUGCGGAUUAGUUUGGAUUGCAAUGCAUGUUGUCGAAAAGUAAGAAGGAUUCUCAUCAAUAUAAGAGGGGUUGAUACACACGUGAUCGAGAAGAAGGAAGACCGGAUAAUUGUUUGCGGGCGAUUUAGACCGUCGGAUGUUGUAGUAAAACUGCAGAAGAAGAUGAAACGGAGGGUUGAGAUUCUUGAGGUUGAAGAUCUCACCGGCGGAGAAGAAGGAUUCCAUGACAAUGAGCCACCGUACGAUCGGGAGCAUGAAUACUCCGAACAACAACCUGAUCACAUGACCACGCCAUUAUUGUGUUAGUUCCCUUAUAGUCGUUUGGUCCGUUUAUCCUCUGCAGUAACAUUUGUAAAAAGCAUUGGAAGAAACAAUGUGUAUAUUAAGUUACAAAAAAAAUGUGUAUAUGUACAAAAGUGAUGCUCGUUAUUAAUGAAAUAUUUAGUAUGUUAC